UGCUAUCCCGCACUCGCCUCUACAAAAGCCACAUAUCUCUCCUCAUGACUUAAACCACUCUCCCUCCAUCCCUGUCAGUCUGUCCGUCACCCUGGGAUCUACGGAGGCAAGCGGAGUGCCGGUGUCGGCCAUGAAGCUGAUGAACGGGGGAGGAGGAGGAGGGGGAGGAGGGGGAGGUGGAGGAGGAGGUGGAGAGAAGACUGCCUUUUCCUUUAAGAAGUGCUCUGCUUUCCAGUUUGUCAAGAGAAAGGUACGAAGAUGGAUGAGGAACCCCAAGGUGAGCGUGGAGAAGGCCCAAGGGAAAGGCCUCCUUCACGCCUGUCCAAUGUGUCCUCUGGUCGACGACCUGUGCUACACACACUUCCCAUCGCCUUACGGCUGCUGUCACUAUGGCGGCCUGCAGGGCGGACAGUACUACCACCAGGAGCCGUGCUCGCCAUGCCCUGCCAGCGGGAAAACCAGCGGCCAUGACAAGAGCAAGGGCUGCAAGGUGAGGAAGUGGAAGAUGCUGUCUCGCCAUCAUGGCGACGGUACAGGCAAGCAGAAGGAAGCGGAGUCCGACGUCCACCUGGGUGGUUGUCAGUCCUGGGGGAUCCAUGCCUCGCCCCUCAUGGCCAGCCCCGUCAUGCUAGAGUGCUCCAUCUGCAGUGGGCCCUACAUCAGCUACGCCCUGGAGGAUACCUGGCAGCCACGUCAACGCACACAGGCGAUGGACCUGUACUACCACAAUGAGUCAGACCCAGACAGCUACGGUUGCCCCGGCGACAACACUUUUAUGAAACAGAGAAGGAUGGGUCUGAACGACUUCAUUCAGAGGCUCGCCACAAACUCCUACGCCUGCAAGCAUCCUGAAGUUCAGUCUAUUCUGAACUUGAGUCCUCCUCAGGAUGCAGAACUCAUGAACGCGAACCCCUCCCCUCCUCCUAGUCCAUCCCAACAGAUCAACCUCGGUCCAUCCUCCAAUCCCUCGGCCAAACCAAGCGACUUCCACUUUCUCAAGGUGAUCGGCAAGGGCAGCUUCGGGAAAGUCCUGCUCGCACGCCAUCGUGCAGAUGACCAGUUUUACGCAGUCAAAGUCUUACAGAAAAAGGCCAUCCUCAAGAAGAAGGAGGAGAAGCAUAUCAUGUCAGAGAGGAAUGUGUUGCUAAAGAAUGUCAAGCACCCGUUUUUGGUGGGCCUGCACUACUCUUUCCAAACAACGGACAAACUCUACUUCAUCUUGGACUACAUCAAUGGAGGAGAGCUGUUUUACCACUUACAGAGAGAGCGCUGCUUCCUUGAGCCCAGAGCCAGGUUCUACGCAGCAGAAAUUGCCAGCGCGCUGGGCUACCUCCACUCCCUCAACAUCGUCUACAGAGACUUGAAGCCAGAGAACAUCCUGCUGGACUCACAGGGACACAUCAUUCUUACAGAUUUCGGCCUGUGCAAGGAGAACAUCGAACUCAACGGGACCACGUCGACCUUCUGCGGUACGCCAGAGUAUUUAGCUCCUGAGGUUCUACACAAGCAGCCGUAUGACAGGACGGUAGACUGGUGGUGUUUAGGAGCUGUGCUCUAUGAGAUGCUCUAUGGCCUGCCUCCGUUCUACAGCCGCAACACAGCGGAGAUGUACGACAACAUCCUGAACAAGCCGCUGCAGCUGAAACCCAACAUUUCCAACGCAGCCAGACACCUGCUGGAGGGGCUGCUGCAGAAAGACAGAACCAAGAGGCUGGGCUGCACAGAUGACUUUAUUGAAGUUAAGAACCACGUAUUCUUCUCCCCCAUCAACUGGGAUGACCUCAAUUCAAAGAAGAUCACCCCUCCCUUCAACCCCAACGUGACGGGACCCAACGACCUGCGGCACUUUGAUCCAGAGUUCACAGACGAGCCGGUGCCCAGCUCCAUUGGCUGUUCCCCAGACAGCGUGCUCGUCACAGCCAGCAUCAAAGAUGCUGCCGAGGCCUUUGUGGGCUUCUCUUACGCCCCGUCUAUGGACUCCUACCUAUAGGAUUUAAACACAGGCCCUGAAAAUACGCCAAUUCAGACAUACAGACUGUGGCGUGUCCAUGAACUUGCAUCUUGACCCCACCUUACAUUUCCUAUCGGGGUGAUGGAUAUUCCCAAACCAACACUUGCAACAACUCUGCAUCUGCAAAGAAUUUAAACAUGUGUAAAUCCCUAAAACUCUUGGAAGAAGACUUGCUACAAGAGGAAGCCUGCCAUGAUUGGAUUCCACAUUUGGGUUGUAAUCCUCCAUUUUACCUUGAUUUACUAUCACACAAAUUCUUCAACCUUCCACAACAGACACAAACGCUCUGCAGCCUUCAAUGGCCCAUCUCUUACCAGAUAGUGGAGGUCCUUUGCACACAGUUUAGGCAGCUUAAAAGCCCCCCUCGACCCUGCAGCCACAACCGACAAGCACACACACCAACUUCAACUCUUUCUAAAAAAGAGGAAGGCUGGACCGUACUGUAACAGCCCUGACAAGGAUUUCCAUCUUCAUCGCAAAACAUCUUCCUUCUUUUAAGAUUCCGUCAAACCCCCCCACAGGUGCUUUAGUUUCUUCUCAUUAACUUUCUGUGUGGUUGAAAAAAGGGAGUCAUGAAUGUUACAGAGGGGGAAGUUUUAUUUUCUCUCUCAAAGGUGCCUUUUAUUUUUUUCUCUCCAUCAGAACUGACAUCUUUUUGGGUUUGUCUGCGUUGACCUUAAAGUCGCAUCGUUUCAUUUGUGUUUUUCAGUCAAGAGAGGAACGGUGUAGCAUCAAAUUAACACACCUGUUUCGGCAUUAACACGUGAAACGUAGAGAACUUGAAUGAUGUUUCAUAUCUUCCUUUGCACAUACAUUAAUAAUGGUGAUAGAGAGAGAGAGAGAGAGAGAGAGAGCACAGCUGCUAGGUGAGAUAGAGUUAUGUGUUUGCGUAGUUCUGCUUGCCAACUGUGUCCCCCUCAUGUCGUCUUCCAUUCGCCUCACACAAUAAUGUAACGGCGGUCCGCAGCCGUGCCGACUACAUUCGAAACUGAACAUUCCAUUUUAAUAUUGCUGUAAUGCAGAUUGACGGUAUUUAAGUUUGUUUGUAUAUUUGGAGUUAUGUGUACUAGUUGUAAUGUAUAUUGAACAGAACAUGACUAAAGGUAUGCUUAAAUAUGUAUAUGUAACAAUUCAUGUUAAAUGUACUGUAAAUUGUAAAAUUGUUUGAGAUUUAUGUGACCAUGUUUGGUUUGCAAUAAAAGUUUAACUUUAUUACACU